AUGUCCAUCUCUGGCACCCUCAGCAAUUACUACGUCGACUCCAUCAUCAGCCACGAGGGCGACGACUCCCCCUCCCCUAAAUUCCCCCCCGCUCCUUUCGCCGCCCCCCGAGCCCCCGGCGAACCCCUCGAGUUCCCCUCGUGCAGUUUCCAACCCUCGUGGCCCGGCCCCGCCGCCUUCCCCGCCUUCCUGGGCCAGCCCUGGCUGGAAGCGGGGCCCGGCCCGGCCAAAGCCGAGCUCGGCCGGGUCCUGGAUGGGCCCAAGGGCGGCUUCGCCCCGGAGCAGCCGCGGGAGGACGCGCUGGGCAUCGCCCCCAUGGUCCAGCGGCGCGGCGGCGGCUUCGAGGAUCGUAAACCCGGAGGGAGCGAGGACAAAGCCGGCCGAGAUCAAACCAACCCCGCCGCCAGCUGGCUGCAGGCGCGCUCGUCGCGCAAGAAGCGCUGCCCGUACAGCAAAUUCCAGACGCUGGAGCUGGAGAAGGAGUUCCUGUUCAACGCGUACCUGAGCCGCGAGCGGCGGCACGAGGUGGCGCGGCUGCUCAACCUCAGCGAGCGCCAGGUCAAGAUCUGGUUCCAGAACCGACGGAUGAAGAUGAAGAAGAUGAACAAGGAGCAGGGCAAGGAGUGA